AUGACUGACUCCGGCCGCAAGGACAUGUCCUCCAAGAUCGGUGACAAGAUGACCCCUGACUCCCAGAAGUCCACCAUCGACAAGGUCGGCGACUCCAUCACCGGCGGUGCCGACAAGGCCGGCCGCGACCUCGUCCCCGACUCCCAGAAGUCAACCACCCAAUCCAUGUCCGACAAGGCCUCCCGCGAGAAGGACUCCCACAAGUCCACCGGCAACGAGUCCAUGCUCGACAAGGCCAAGGACACCCUCGGCAUGAACAAAUAG